CAGACAAUCCAGAGCAAGCAGGGGUGUUUCCCACUUUCUUUUCUGCUUAGCUGACUCACUGCCUGGGUCCUCAGCCUUCAAUAAAAGUUCCUCUGCCUUGCAGAAUUGCUUCCUUGGCCAACCAGGACACCAACUUUGCCCUUAACACCAUGCAACGCUGCUUCUUCUUACUGGUUGUCUUCUUGAGUCAUCAUGUCACAGGCUCAUUCCCAGUUCGUCUGACUGGAGGCCCAAAUCUCUGUGCAGGACGGGUGGAAAUUUUCCACCAAGGCAAAUGGGGAACAGUAUGUGAUGAUGACUGGGAUAUGCGGGAUGCGGCUGUGGUGUGCCGGGAACUGGAUUGUGGAGAGGCUCUUUCAGCUCCCCAUGGGGCCUGGUUUGGGGAAGGACCUGGGCCCAUCUGGUUGAAUGAGGUGCGUUGCGCAGGCACCGAGUGGAACUUGCACUCCUGCCACCACCUGGGCUUCCGAAAGCAUGUCUGUACCCAUGAAGAAGACGCCAGUGUCAUCUGCUCAGAGCAGCGUUUCCCCCCUUUCACUUCUUUUCCUCCUCACACAACUUUCAGGAGCGGGAAAAUGGACAUAGGAACCACAGCAAGACCAGUGGUUUCUCCUACCCCUGCUCAGGGGGCUCCUGCUCUCCGUCUUGUAGGUGGCAGAAGCCAUUGUUCUGGCCGGGUGGAAGUCUUCCAUGAGGGACAGUGGGGGACAGUGUGUGAUGACAUGUGGGACCUUCUGGAUGUUGCGGUGGUCUGUCGGGAACUAGACUGCGGAGAGGCUCUGGCAGCACCAGGUGGUGCUUUCUUUGGUGAAGGGAGCAGUGUCAUCUGGCUGGAUGAUGUACAGUGCCAAGGAGAAGAGCCAGCCCUGAUACAGUGCCAUACCAGUUCCUGGGGAACAAACAACUGUAGACACAGUGAAGAUGCUGGUGCUGUGUGUUCAGGUGAAAUGCCACUUGCUAUGGUGGAAGAACACGUGGCCAUGCUCACAAGGACAUUGGCACCUCAGCGAUUCCGAACUGUGGCCCCCAGGAGAAUCCCACGUCCCACUCGGCCUUCAAGAACCCGAGAAGAACCUGUGGCUAAUGAAGUGUCACAUGCAGAAAAGAGGCUGAAGGAAAGUCUUGCAGAGAGAGUACUAGGUGCCCAAUGGCAGGUACGCCUGGUAGGAGGCCCCGGAUCCUGUGCUGGUCGAGUAGAAGUUCUGUAUAAAGACCAUUGGGGAACGGUAUGUGAUGAUGGCUGGGAUCUGGUAGAUGCAGCUGUGGUGUGCCGUGAGUUGGGCUGUGGAGCUCCUCUUCUCAGUCCAGGCAAUGCACGUUAUGGACCUGGUUCUGGACCGAUCUGGUUGGAUGACGUCAACUGCACUGGGUCAGAGUUCACUCUAAGGCGCUGCCGUUCUCAGCCCUGGGGCAAGCAUAACUGCAAUCACCAUGAGGAUGCUUCUGUCAUCUGCACAGGGAAGUGGAAACGUUUGUCAUUACCAAAGCCAUUCAGUGAUUCAGCUAAAUCAACCACCACUACCUCUCCAACUACUGCUACCACCACUACCACCACUACUACUACUGCACAAAACAUUAGGCCUUUAGAUGGACCAGAGUUGCAAAGCACCUUGGAUGUGCCGGAGGCUACCAGAGCCACUCAGACUUUUCUAGAUGAAUUGGAGAAAGAGACAUUACAGUCACAGCACACUGAUAAACCUUUAAGGCCCAUACAAAACGUGGAGCUAGAACAAGAACAAAAUACAAAGGUAACAAGCCCCACAGACACAGUUGAAAUAACCCCUAGUACAGAAAUUGUGCUGACGUCGGUCCAAGAAAUGGAGUCAACCAGAACCCCUGAGAGAAGGACAACUGCAUACAAAUGGGUGAAGGAGACCACAGAUGAAACUACGCCUGAUCUAGAAAUCCUGCAACGUGUUCAUGAGAUGUCUUCAACCAAGAUUCCAAAGACAAAAUCCUACAUGAACCAAUGGGAACCAGAGCCAAUUUAUGUCUCAACAAAAUCUCAGCCAUCCUCAAACAUGCUGGAUUUGGAAUCUAAAAGAGAAAGAGAGACAACAACCCAUUGGGGUAUGCAUAAAACUACAGUUGAUCUAGAGACCUUGCAGAAUGGUGAAGAAAUGGAAUCAGUCAGCUCCCCAAAGAGCAUAUCUCCACACAAAUGGGAACAAAAGACAACCUAUGCUACAACAAUGUCUCAGCCACCUUCAACCAUAUUGGAUUUUGAAUCUAAAAGAGACACAAUAACCCACAAGGCAAUGAACAUUACCACACCUGAUUUAGAAAUUUUGCAGAAUGGCCAAAAGAUGGAAUCAACCAGCUCCCCAAAGGGCACAACUCUACACAAAUGGGAACAAAACUCAACUUACACAACAACAACAUCUCAACUAUCUUCAACCAUGUUGGAUGUGGAAUCUAAAAAAGACACUACAACUUAUAUGGUCAUGGAUAGAACUGUCCCUGAUCUAGAAAUUCUACAGAAUGGUGAAGAAGAGAUGAAAUCAACCAGCUCCCCAAAGAGUACAACACUAAACAAAUGGGAACAAAACACAAUUUACGCUACAACAGCAUCUCAACUAUCUUCAACCAUGUUAGAUGUGGAAUCUAAAAGAGACACAACAACUCAUAUGGUCAUGGAUAGAACUGUCACUGACCCAGAAAUUCUACAGAAUGGUGAAGAGAUGGAAUCAACCAGCUCACCAAAGACAACAUCAUCCUCACACAAAUGGCAACAAAAGCCCACUUCUUCUCCCAUUGAGUACCUGUCACCGUUUGUCACAGUGGAUUUGGAAUUUGAGACAGAAACCGAGUCAACCACUCCAUCAGUAAUUGAUCUGUCUACAGUAACAGACACUGCUAAUCCUGCAACAGACAUGGAGCCCCCCAUACAUUGGAGCAACAUGUCUAAAUUGCCUCAUAUCACACAAGAUAUAGAACCCAUCAACACUGUAGCAGAAGCUCAACCUACCACAUGGAUAAAAAAUAGGGAAGCAACUGAUAAUGAAGUAAAGGAACUGAUUCAGUUCUCAAAGAGAUUAGAGGCUACAAUGGCGAUAGAACUGCCAACAGCCACAGAGAACACGCAACCUGUAAAGCACAUGGAAACAACUUACUCCAAAAUCCCAGACUCUAAAGAGAACACAAGACAGAAGCAACAAGAGGAAUCAAAUAAAAAUCUACAUGCCAUACAGUCAAUAGAGUCCACCUUCCCUCCCAAUGAUGUGAGAUCUUUGGAUGAAACGGAUGCUCAGAAUGCAACCAAAUGGCCUCAAAGUCCACUGUCACACACAGUCUCACCACGUGGACAAACUGAAGAUGGUUUGGUGAGCUCAGGGGACACAGGAAGUGAAACAAGCUUCACAGAUAUUGUUUCGACACUGAGCAUGACUAAAGCACUGAGGCUGGAUAUUUCAUCUACAGAGACUGUUGCCAGUUCUUCUAAACUAAGUGAGUCACCCUCUGGCUGCCCUAUUAGGCAGGAGCAAAAGCAAGAACACCAAGACUUCUGCUGUUCAUCACCUGCAAUGAGGAACUUGGUCCAAGCAAUGGAAGGCCUCCGUGGGGAUCUGGGCUCCCUCUCUACCACCAUUCAACAUCAGGGUUCCCAAAUGGAAGCUGUAGCUUUCAGUCUAGCUGAGUUGGCAGCUUCGGUGCGACAUUUGGUGCGGGCACUGCCUACCCUAAGACUGCAGCCCUCAGUCCAGUCCUCCUCUGCUCCACAUAGGCAGGAUGAGGAUCAGAGGUAAAAACAGCUUCCCUUAAAAUGAAAAGGGAAGGCAAGGAAGUUGCCAUGAAGUCCAGGUAGAGUUGGAAGGGAUCAAAAUGCUAUCUGGUCAAACUCUGCUGGGAAAUGGACCGAGAUCAACCCAUGCAAUUGUAAUAGAUAUGCGAUAAACAGAGGUCACAAACAUCGCAGAAAAAUUGUAGAGGAGCAUAGUCCAGUCAUUAUGGUUAUGGCCAAUUUAUGUAUCACCUAAAGAUGCUACUGGGUGAGAUGGGGUGAUUGGAGA